AUGAGUAGCAACGAAGAUAAGAAGCGUCUCCGUAAUGAACGAGACAGAGAGCGAAGGAGGAACGAGACUCCUGAAGAGAAGAAAGCACGAAGAGCUAGCAGGAAUGAAAAGGACGCUCUUCGUCGAGCUCAGAGGAGACUGGUGGGAGUUCCAGACCCAAGACUAACUAGAGAAACGGUCAGUCAGAGAGAAGAACGCUUAGCUGGCAACAGAGCUAGAUCUCAGUCUAUAAGAGAUAGGGAAAGAAGUCCUGUGAGAGAAGAGCGCCUAGCUAGCAACAGAGCUAGAUCUAGGUCCCUAAGAGACAGGGAAACAAGUCCUGUGAGAGAAGAGCGCCUAGCUAGCAACAGAGCUAGAUCUAGGUCCCUAAGAGACAGGGAAACAAGUCCUGUGAGAGAAGAGCGCCUAGCUAGCAACAGAGCUAGAUCUAGGUCCCUAAGAGACAGGGAAACAAGUCCUGUGAGAGAAGAGCGCCUAGCUAGCAACAGAGAUAGAUCUAGGUCCCUAAGAGACAGGGAAACAAGUCCUGUGAGAGAAGAGCGCCUAGCUAGCAACAGAGAUAGAUCUAGGUCCCUAAGAGACAGGGAAACAAGUCCUGUGAGAGAAGAGCGCCUAGCUAGCAACAGAGCUAGAUCUCAAUCAAUAAGAGACAGGGAAACAAGUCAUGAGAGAGAACAUCGCCAAGCAGUGGACAGAGCUAGGUAUCAUGAAAGGAGAGAGAGGGAAACAAGUCCUGAGAGAGAACAUUGCCAAGCAGUGGACAGAGCUAGGUAUCAUGAAAGGAGAGAGAGGGAAACAAGUCCUGAGAGAGAACAUUGCCAAGCAGUGGACAGAGCUAGGUAUCAUGAAAGGAGAGAGAGGGAAACAAGUCCUGAGAGAGAACAUUGCCAAGCAGUGGACAGAGCUAGGUAUCAUGAAAGGAGAGAGAGGGAAACAAGUCCUGAGAGAGAACAUUGCCAAGCAGUGGACAGAGCUAGGUAUCAUGAAAGGAGAGAGAGGGAAACAAGUCCUGAGAGAGAACAUUGCCAAGCAGUGGACAGAGCUAGGUAUCAUGAAAGGAGGGAGAGGGAGACGACUUGUGAGCAACAUGAAGCCAUUCCACAUUGUAGAGCUUCAUCUCCAUAUGAUAGAAUGCUCCAAUAUCAUGAGACAAUGUCAUCAAUCAAGUUUCUCAAGUGCGAGACAUGUUUGGAAAAUUUUCCAAAUUUGUCAGUAUCUCUUCAGUCUAAUGGAGUCAGUGAGUGCAAUAGGUGUGCUAAUGAUAAGCGCAUUCCCAAGCUGUACUCCAGUGGGAACAACAUGGACCCAGGAGUGGUACCAACACAAUUACAGGGACUCACACAAGCAGAGGAAAUGUUGGUGUCUGCUAUAAUGCCAGUUAUGUCCAUUUACAGGCUACCUCACGGACAGUAUGGCUAUAGUGGACAUGUCGUCAACUUUCCUCAAGAUGUAAAAUCAUUUGCCAUCAAACUACCCCGCCUAUCAUCUGAGAUUAAUGUGCUGGUUGUAAGGAAAGAAAGGGAGCAGACACACAGGGACUUUCGUGUUCGUAGGAGAGUUGUGGAAGAAGCUCUUGCAUGGUUGCUGGCUAAUAAUAUCUAUUACAGGAGUAUUGGUGUUAGUCUUGAUCAAGGUACUUUGGCCAGUCUACCUGAAGAUGGAGAUCUCACUGAUCUUUGCACAAUUCAGCCAACAGAGUCUGAAGCAUCAGAUGGCACUACUACUACUGAAGAACACUUCUCUUCAUCAUUUGUACCUAACGCAGCACCACCAGCUACUGAGAGGGAAACCAUCCAGCAAGCUGUUCAGUCCUUAGGACAGCCACAAUCAUCAAACCUCAUGUGGCCAAGCAUUGGAGGGACGCCUAUUAAUGAGUUUCAAACAGAGGGCUAUUUUUCAAUGGCAUUCCCUACUUUGUUUCCUACUGGUACUGCUGACUUCAAUGGAACACGUAUAUUUUCAGUCACAGUUGGCAACUACUUCACACACCUCAUGAAGUACAAUGAUGGGAGGUUUGCCAAGCAUCCUCGGUUCCGUUUCUUUGCUCUCAACACUGAGAUGAGAUGGCGUGCAAAUGAAACAGGGCGAAUUUACAUCAGACAACAUCCUGGUGAAGCUCACCUCACUGUUGAUGACCUGAGAGAUAUGAUUGGUCGCGAAGGAGAAGUGUUUGCUAACAAGGUGACACAUUAUGGAGCAUGUCUUCGUGGUACCAGGCAGUAUUGGUUUAGAGAGAGGAAUCGUCUCAUUGCUAUGAUAGACACUCUGGGCCUGCCCACCAUCUUCUUCACUCACAGUGCUGCUGAUCACCAGUGGCCUGAGUUAGCUAGCCUCAUCUGUCCUGAACAUCCAGAUGACAAACAAGCUCGUGCUAAAGCAGUAGUCAAUAAUCCUGCACUAGCUGAUUGGUUCUUCACCUACAGAAUCCAAAGGUUUGUGGAAGUGUUCUAUGUUGGUAUACUUGGAGCCACAGAUUACUGGAUGAGGUUUGAGUGGCAGCAUCGGGGCAGUCCUCAUGUACAUGGACUAGCUUGGUUACCCAAUGCUCCUAAUGUUGAGAACCUUCUCUCAUCAUCACCUGAUCUUGUGGAGUCAACUAAACAAGAGAUCAUUGAGUAUGCUGACAAGAUAAUAUCAACCAUUAAUCCUGCUGUCCUUCCUGAUGGCAGCAAUGUCAGUGAUGCUCCACCAGCAAAGGUUGACCCACACAUAUGUAACAAAUCAUUUUCACAAGUAACUGAUUUCGAGGAAGACCUGAAUGAUCUUAUUGCCACCUGCCAACGUCACACUCGCUGUUCAGAGUCCUACUGCUUACGUACACGCAAUGGCAAGCAAGAGUGUCGGUUUGGAUAUCCUAAAGAUCUUCAGGCACAGACCACCAUCAACAUCACUGAAGAGGAGCCUGUAAUACUCACUGCACGUAAUGAUGGGAUGCUCAACAGCUUCAAUCCCAUUCAACUAACAUCCUGGCGUGCUAAUGUUGACAUGCAGUACAUUGUGUCAAAGAACAGGGUUGUUCAGUACUGCACCAAGUAUGUCACCAAGAGUGAGACUAGGUCACAGUCUUUGAAGGAUAUAUUUGCUAACAUUGCUCGUUCUCUGAAAGAUGGCAAUCGAUCACUUAAAGCUGUUCAGAAGCUCCUCAUAAACACCUUUGGAGAGAGGGACUAUUCAGCACAGGAAACCUGUCACCUUCUAUUGCAGCUCCCUAUGUACAAGGCAUCAAGGAGUUUUACCAACCUCAGUCUUGAUGGCUCUAGAGGUGUUGAAAACACUGCACAAGAGGGAGAGAGGGUGACAGCUCAUUCUGUGUUGGAUCAUUACAUAUCACGUCCUUCAACUACACACUUCAACUCAAUCACUCUCUUGGAUUUCACUCGUCAGUACACAAUGCCUAAGGAAUUGGGUACCGAACCAAAGAAGAGAAGCAAAGAAGUGAUAGUCACUCCCAAACCAUACUGUUCACCAGAUCCAUCAGGUCCCAACUAUGAACAGUACUGCUGUCAGUCUCUGAUGCAACACAAACCAUUCAGAGACAUCAAUGAGUUAAAGACUGGCUUCAACUCCUUCACUGAGGCGUUUGCUGAUUUCCUUCAAUCUGGAAAUAAAGAAGCGAGAAUUACUGAGAAGUCCCUAUCCAAGUUGAUCGACAGAUCUGUAAGUCUUCAAAAGUAA